UUAAACAGGUUUUUAUUCAACUCAGGAAUUAUACUGAUGUCAUGUUCCCCCUUUAUAUUUUAAUGACUUUGUCACAGCUCUAAACAGGCCAUUAGCAUUACAAUACAUGUUAACUGGCACCUCAAAAUGACUCAUUAUGCAAUCAACUUGUUUCAUCAACAAGAAGCAGAAAAGAAAGAGCGCCGCCAUUUUUUAUCAUCCGUCCCGUCGAACCUUUUCUAAAGAUACUGUCCCGUAAAACCUUUUCUAAAGAUACUGUCCCGUAAAACCUUUUCUAAAGAUACUGUCCCGUCGAAUGUUUUCUAAAGAUACUGUCCCGUAAAACCUUUUCUAAAGAUACUGUCCCGUAAAACCUUUUCUAAACAUACUGUCCCGUCGAAUGUUUUCUAAAGAUACUGUCCCGUAAAACCUUUUCUAAAGAUACUGUCCCGUAAAACCUUUUCUAAAGAUACUGUCCCGUAAAACCUUUUCUAAAGAUACUGUCCCGUUUUGUCUCAAUUAUGCACUUCCACACAUUUUUGGGCAAUACUCUGGGCAUUCAUGUAGCUUCAUGGCGGCACCGUGGCUCUACACUUGGCAUGGCGACUCCCAUGGUGGUGGUUCAGUCUGGGUGGGUUUGGUAGGCGUGGUGGAUACUGGUGGUUCAGUCUGGGUGGGUUUGGGAGGUGUGGUGGAUACUGGUGGUUCAGUCUGGGUGGGUUUGGGAGGCGUGGUGGAUACUGGUGGUUCAGUCUGGGUGGGUUUGGGAGGUGUGGUGGAUACUGGUGGUUCAGUCUGGGUGGGUUUGGGAGGCGUGGUGGAUACUGGUGGUUCAGUCUGGGUGGGUUUGGGAGGCGUGGUGGAUACUGGUGGUUCAGUCUGGGUGGGUUUGGGAGGCGUGGUGGAUACUGGUGGUUCAGUCUGGGUGGGUUUGGGAGGUGUGGUGGAUACUGGUGGUUCAGUCUGGGUGGGUUUGGGAGGCGUGGUGGAUACUGGUGGUUCAGUCUGGGUGGGUUUGGGAGGCGUGGUGGAUACUGGUGGUUCAGUCUGGGUGGAUUUGGGAGGCGUGGUGGAUACUGGUGGUUCAGUCUGGGUGGGUUUGGGAGGCGUGGUGCAUACUGGUGGUUCAGUCUGGGUGGGUUUGGGAGGCGUGGUGGAUACUGGUGGUUCAGUUUGGGAGGCGUGGUGGAUACCGGUGGUUCAGUUUGGGAGGCGUGGUGGAUACCGGUGGUUCAGUCUGGGUGGGUUUGGGAGGCGUGGUGGAUACCAGUGGUUCAGUCUGGGUGGGUUUGGGAGGCGUGGUGGAUACCGGUGGUUCAGUUUGGGAGGCGUGGUGGAUACCGGUGGUUCAGUUUGGGAGGCGUGGUGGAUACCGGUGGUUCAGUCUGGGUGGGUUUGGGAGGCGUGGUGGAUACCAGUGGUUCAGUCUGGGUGGGUUUGGGAGGCAUGGUGGAUACCGGUGGUUCAGUCUGGGUGGGUUUGGGAGGCGCCUGUCCAUAGUUGUCCAGUUCUACAGAAACAUCAUGGAUGAGGUCUUCAGACAUCUUCAGUUGACUCUGCAGUCCCAUGUUCUGUAAACAGUUGAAGCCAAGUAUCUCAAGGAUGAGGAGGAUGCCAAGUACAGACACAGAGAGCAUUACAGUGGCUGUGCUGGACAUCUGGACCACACCAGUAUGGGUCUGAAGCACAUCAACAUUAUCGUGGUCCAGAUCAGGCGUAACUUGUAAACCGUUCAAUGGAGAAUGUGCGCAGAAGUGCAUUGGUGAAAUUUGUAAACCUCGUUUACCCGCUGCCGCUGAAGCUUUGAUGUAUAGGGGAAAAGACUUGCGUGACUCAUUUUAUAGGCACUUCCGAAUUCUGUGCGCAGACAGACGCACAAAGGAGCAGGUAAUGAUUUCCUGUGAGAAUCUCGUGUCCCCAGAGCCAAUAUAAAGCAACGAAGGAAAUAUACUACAUACGAGGAGAGAAACAUAACAACGUCAAGCAUAUAGAUACAAAACACACGGGUAUUCCAAUAACUGUAGCCUAGCCAUUGUGUGCAAUUGCGCGAGUAAACUAUUAUAAUUCUCUGAAUAAAUGUAACUAACCUAUGGCAUAUUGAAUACGUUUUUAAGUCUACAAAUGUGUUCACUAUUGAAAAUAUUAUGCACCAAAUAAAAUGUUUAUUUCCCCGUUGCUCCAGUAGCUGUGUCUCUGUGAACAUGACUUUCUGCUCCCUUCACUGCACAUUGCUAUAUAUCUCGCCUGUUGAUGUCACCCUUACUCCUCUAGCAUUCGGAGUCCCCCAGCACACACACAGACAGACACACAGACACACACAGAGAGAGACAAACACACACAGAGAGAGACACGCACACACCCGGAUGGAUGACUUCACCGUUCCGCCUGGGUUUCCUUUAUGAUCCCGGGAUCUCCCACUUUCUUCAUCAGACUUCAUCGAGCAACACAGGCGUACAGACCGCUCUUCCUCUGCUCUCCUCUCGAACAGCGACACAACAGCCUGCAAACACCCCGCCUCAACCCGGACUCUGAACCUUCAACCUUCACAGGCUGGCUAAGCACGAAGAAGUCAAUUAGUGAUUUUCCAAACGGAUUUUCACUGGAAAGCUCGACAAGUCUAAUUACCAAGCCAAGGAUUUCUGGGCUACGUCAAGUAUAGCCGCCAACUUUAAACCGUUUUUUUUGUUGCGCUGUUGAUCCGUCCGUCUCAGCCGUGCAAUAAUGUCCGAGGUACUGCCGUACAGCGAGGGGAAAAUGAGCGGCUAUGGAGACAGCGAGGCCAGUCAGGUGUCCUUUAGCUGCGGACUACAGGACACCAAUUCGUUCUUCGGUGCGUCGCAAGCGAAAAGACCCCCAAAGCUGGGACAGAUCGGCAGAGCCAAGAGAGUGGUCAUCGAAGACGACAGAAUAGACGACGUUCUAAAGGGGAUGGCAGACAAGUCGUCACCCGGCGUUUAAAGAUGAACAAUGCCUUGCAGACUUUUUAUUUUGAUCACCGAUUUGAAGCACUUGUCGGCUGUGCAUGUUCGAGGAUUGUAGGAGAAACGAUGGCACGAAGCGAAGACAAGGGGAAGGAAAGGGGUGGAAAGAUGUGAAGAUUGGACGAGAAAGCAGAGGAAGAGUUUGAGGAAGAGUCCGGAAAAGACCGAGAUUUAUCUUGUGGUUGCUGACAAUUUGAUGAAACCCGAUUUUAACUUCUGCUGCGCAGCGUGAUGUUGAGAUGGCGGAUCCUGGCUCCGUGUCUCAACCUCAGCUGACUUCUCUGAUGGAUGAACUUGCCAUAACUUCACGACCAUCUUCCAAAAGCGCCGUAAGCAACAACAAACUAGAACUGGUGGCAGAAUUUCAUUUAAAGCUCUGUUUCCAUAGUUGUACCCAGUAGACUGCCUAUGCUCGAAGACCAUAUUACCCUUGCAGGCUUUGCAUUGUUGAUAACAAUCGGCGACAUUGCAUUCAAGGGAGCUGUACUUUUCAGCAUUGGUCGAACGUAGAAUGCAUUCCUAUCAGAUUGCUGCUAAAGCUUUUUAAUACAGACCAACCAAACACUGAUAUCCAGUAACUAGAAUACAUCCAUUGUGUGUAACAGAAAUAUAUAUAUAUACAGAGGAUGGUGCAAUGUUAAUAUUUGAUUUCGUAGGCCUAUAUUCACUUUGGCUUCACCUGUAAAGAAUAAGCUAGUAGGCCUAAUGCAUAGUCCCCAGGUUCAAUUGAAUGAAAUUGAUACAUGGGCUUACAUUACCCCCCACGGUUAAAGAUGCAGGUCGGCGCCUUCAUGUAACUUUAGCCUACUGACACCUGCACAUAGGCUCUCUGUUUCACUUUUACAGACUAGAAAUAUCGAAGGAGGCCAGAAGAGAUGGGCAAAUUAUAAAUGUUUGAAACAAUAAUCAUGAAAUUAAUGGGAAAAUAUAUAUUUUUUAAUUUAUUUAUUUUGAUGUUGCAAUUAUUCGUGUUUUUCGUGUUCUAUAAUUAAAAGUCAAAUAUUUUAUCUAUCUAUUUGCAUGAUCUUUCCCUCCGGUGCCACCACAGGUGCCAACCACUCCUACCCUGGCACGCUUACAUUCAUAUUUCAAAAGUCAUAUUUGUAUUUUUAUAUCUAAAUAAUUGUUAUUUAAAAAUGAUAAGCUAGUCUAUCGUCUUACAGUUCAUCAACACAAAUGUUUGUAUUAUAGAGAGGAUAUGCAGAUUGAGAAUAGCCUAUAUAACGGAGAAUCUAAGAGAUUUGGGUGUUGACUUUUCUCAUUCUAUAUCAAAGGGACUGACGUUUUUUUAAAGACUAACUGAAUGUGUUUGGGGUUUUGUACACAUCAAUGUUAAACUAUUAUUGAGAAAUCGUAUACUGUGACUUAAGCUUCGUUGAUGCAUUUGUUAGAAAAUUGCGAUUUUAGAGUAUAUUGCACUGUUUACGAGUAUCCUCAAAUAACACGUUAUCUGACCAAUUUUGGACAUUACAGUUAUGUUUUUUAUUUAGUUUAUCUUGUACCAUUGUUUGGAGGAAACUGAAUAUGGUUUGUUGUGCAUGAAACCUUAAUACUUUCAAUAAUGAAACAUCGUUUUAUGAAGCAAAAAAGCAACAAAAGUGUCAUGACAUUCUAAGAAUGAGUCAUUGUAUAUUAAGAUGCCAUUUUCACUGUAUUUGGUGAACUAAUAAAUGGUGAAAGAACAUGUCAAA